GAGAUUCACGCCGCCAUCGGGUUGUCGAAGGCAUUCGGCAUCGCCCGCGCCUUCAAUGAACUCUUCGAACUGACGGGCGACGGCGACGAGGAGGUGGAGGCGAACGGCGAAGAUCACCCGCAUCCGCAGCACGUGCCGAAUAGCGGGGGCGCCAUCCACGAGCUCCCAGACGGCGUGGAAGUGCACGUGCGCAUGGAGCUUCGGGGGGGGGGGAAGUACGCGCCCCAGUGGCUGCUGCCGCAGCGCGACGCGGCAAUCCCGCAGGUCGCAGAUAUCGCAGCGCGGGCGCCGAUGCUCGUUGAGCACUGCUCUCAGGUCGGGCCGCGCGGCGUGCUGGAGAUGACGCCCGGGGCCAAAGGGCGCUUCCAGUCGCACAGCACUUACUGCAACAUUCAGGUCAAGAUGGCGCGGGGCGCCAACGACCCGGACAAGGGCGCGGAGUUCGGCAUCGGCCUUGGGAAGCUGGGGAUGUUGUCAGGGCGCCUGUUCCUCAGCGAUCUCAUGUGGGGCAAGCGCGGGGCGCUCUACAAGAGGAUCCCAUGGGUCCUCGAGGAGUCGCACGUGGAGCGCGCCUUCGAGCUCGCCACCAUCCUCGACGGGAUAAGGGCCGCCAUCUGCAGGCCCGGCGAGGACAGCGACCUGGAGGGGGUGGCGAAGGUGGAGAACGUGAAGGGCACGGAGAUCGCGCGCGCCAUCCUGUGGAAGGCAGUCAGGGGCAGGCGCGCAGAGGACUCGGGUGAACUGGAGAUACCGGCGAACAAGACUUGGGCGCUGUUCCCGGCCAGGGUGAUGAAGGAUCGUAGGAUUGGCAAGAUCUCCGUGCACGUGUUCCGCGAGGUGGCCCGGGCGCGCCCCGGCGUGCUCGGGCGCUUCGACGAUGAGUCCGACGCGCUCAUCGUCAAGGAUCCAGACUCAG